GAAAACAAUAUUUAACUCAUUAAUUAUUAUUGAUACUAAAAAAGUGAAAGGGAAUAAAUUCACAUAUUAAAAAAAUUAAUGCUGAGAAAGCUCUGGUUGACUUGAAGUCUUGAAGGUAGUAAAGUUAGUUUGUAUAGGGUUCCAUUUGGGCGUCAAAUCUGCAUGACAGAGGAGAGAAGCAGUUUGAGAGGUACAUUGCAUUUACAAUACAUGGAUUGUCUCUACAUGAAUCCUCAGGAAUCCAUUGAAGCACGUGUGAAACACCUUCUUUCUCUUAUGACUUUGAAUGAAAAGAUUGGUCAAAUGACACAAAUUGAACGCUCAGUUGCUACCCCUUCUGCCAUCAAACACUUCUCCAUUGGGAGUGUGUUCAGUGCUCCACACAAUGGACGUUUUGAGAAGGUACUGUCAUCUGAUUCGGCUGAUAUGGUGGAUGGGUUUCAGAAGUUGGCACUUGAGUCUCGGUUAGCCAUACCAAUCAUUUAUGGGGUUGAUGCUAUUCAUGGUAAUAAUAGUGUCUAUGGUGCUACUAUAUUUCCUCACAAUGUUGGCCUAGGAGCUACCAGGGAUGAAGAUUUAGUUCAAAGAAUUGGAGCUGCAACAUCACUUGAACUCAGAGCAAGUGGAAUUCACUAUACUUUUGCUCCUUGUGUGGCAGUAUGCAAAGAUCCCAGAUGGGGAAGAUGCUAUGAGAGUUACAGCGAAAACACUGAAAUAGUCAGAGAGAUGACUUCUUUUGUUUUAGGCUUGCAGGGCAAUCCUCCAGAAAGACACCCAAGGGGCUACCCAUUUGUGGCUGGGAGGAACAAUGUUGUUGCCUGUGCCAAGCAUUUUGUUGGAGAUGGAGGUACAGAGAAAGGUGUAAAUGAGGGUAAUACCAUACUAUCAUAUGAAGAUUUGGAGAGGAUCCACAUGGCCCCUUACGUGGACUGCAUAGCUAAGGGAGUUUCUACCAUCAUGGUCUCAUAUUCCAGCUGGAAUGGAAACAAACUCCAUGGUCACCAUUUUCUGCUUAAUGAAAUUUUGAAAGAAAAGCUAGGCUUCAAGGGAUUUGUGAUUUCUGACUGGGAGGGAAUUGAUGAAUUAUGCCAACCUUAUGGGUCAGAUUAUCGUCAUUGCAUCUCCACUGCCAUUAAUGCUGGAAUUGACAUGGUGAUGGUUCCUUUUAGAUAUGAAAUAUUUGUUGAAGAGUUGAUGUCUCUAGUUCAAUCAGGGGAAAUACCAAUAGCAAGAAUUGAUGAUGCCGUUGAGCGCAUUUUGAGAGUGAAGUUUGCUGCUGAACUUUUUGAGUUUCCUUUAACUGACAGAUCUUUGCUAGAUGUAGUUGGUGGCAAGCUACAUAGAGAUCUGGCACAUGAAGCGGUUCGAAAGUCCUUGGUUCUGUUGAAAAAUGGGAAGGAUCCUAGUAAACCCUUUCUUCCAUUGAACAGGAAUGCUAAGAGAAUCCUUGUUGCUGGAACUCAUGCUGAUGAUAUUGGGUAUCAAUGUGGAGGAUGGACAGGUACCAAGUAUGGAUCUAGUGGCCGGAUCACAAUCGGCACAACUAUCUUGGAUGCUGUUAAGGAAGCUGUGGGAAAUGAAACAGAAGUUAUUUAUGAGCAGUGUCCAUCAACAGACAUCAUAGAAUGUAGCGAAGUUUCCUUUGCCGUAGUUGUGGUCGGAGAAGGUCCCUACGCUGAGUGUGGGGGUGACAAUUCAGAGCUUGUAAUCCCAUUUAAUGGAGCUGGAAUCAUAGACUUGGUUGCUGAUAAAAUCCCAACACUUGUGAUUCUUAUAUCUGGAAGACCUUUGCUCUUAGAACAGUGCCUAUUGGAAAAGAUAGAUGCUCUUGUUGCUGCAUGGUUGCCAGGUACUGAAGCACAGGGAAUCACAGAUGUCAUAUUUGGAGAUCAUGACUUCAAAGGUCAACUACCAAUGACUUGGUUCAGAAGAGUUGAACAGCUUGAUCAACCAGUUGGAGUUAGUUCAUGUGAGCCCUUAUUCCCUCUUGGCUAUGGACUAACAUAUGAUAAAGAGAAUUUGCAUGACUAAGUACAUGAAUAUCCAAAGAGUUGUUCAUAGAUUCAAUAUCUGGAGUUUGUGAACAAUCCCUUGGCACUAAUCUUUUAUCCUACCAUGUACCAUUCAUGCAUGUAUGAUACUGUCAGUUACCCUAUUUGAAAUUUGUAUAACUAAUGAACUUUGAGGAUGGCCAUAAUUGAAUGUAUGUAUUGAAUAUUUUCAAGCUUCUUGACUGACCUAGCAGAUCUUAUAAUGUUGCUGAGAGGACA